AUUUAAUGGAAACUGGUUGCCGUGUUGUCCGAGGACCUGACUGGAAGUGGGCAAAUCAAGAUGGCAGCGAAGGACAUGUUGGCACUGUAGUUGUUGUUGGCAAAACCGGCAGUGUAUCUUCCCCGGAUAAAACUGUUGUCGUUCAGUGGGAUGGUGGAACGAGGACGAAUUACAGAUGUGGUUAUCAAGGGGCAUUCGAUCUCUGUUUGUUUGACAAUGGUCCAGUCGGUGUUAUACACAAUAAUGUUUCUUGUAAUGAAUGCAAGAAGCAAUCCAUUGAAGGAAUGCGCUGGGAAUGUGCUGACUGUCUGAACUACAGUUUGUGUACUUCAUGCUAUAUGAGUGAUAAGCAUUCACUGGAGCAUGGAUUUAACAGAAUAGAAGCUCGUGGAAAACCAGGGGUUUAUGUUGGCCGAAGACUUGGAAAAUGCAAGGUUGAGGCCAAGGGUAUAUUUUGUGGUGCACAGGUUACAAGAGGACCUGACUGGGACUGGGGUAAUCAGGAUGGAGGGGAGGGGAGUGUUGGUCAAGUUUUAGAUGUGAGAGGUUGGGAGACAGAGAGUUUUCAAAGUGUAGCAUGUGUGAUGUGGAAACCUAUGAGUACAAAUGUGUACCGUGUGGGACAUAAAGGGAAGGUGGAUUUGACUUGCAUCAGUGAGGGUUCUGGAGGAUUUUACUACAAGAAUCAUUUGCCAAAACUAGGACAGAAGCCUGAAUCCCUGAUUAUUCCUUCAACAAGUAGUGCAGCCUCAUCAGCUGGUUCAGUUGAUAACUCUGUAAAUUUUGAUGUUGGUGAACGGGUUAGAGUGCUGUUGGAUGUUACUACACUGAAGGAUAUUCAGGAGGGACAUGGUGGAUGGAAUGACAAAAUGGAAGAGGUGAUUGGGCUUGUGGGUACAGUUCAUAGAAUCACUGAGAGAGGAGAUGUCAGAGUACAGUAUCCUGGGUUUGCAAACAGGUGGACAUUUCAUCCAGCCUCACUCACAAAGGUGGAGGAGUUUCGUAUCAAUGAUAAAGUAAGCAUCAUAAAAAAUCAAGCAUUGCUCAAGAAACUUCAGGUUGGGCACGGGGAAUGGACAGAUAGCAUGGCUGUGGCUUUAGGCAAAGUGGGUAAAGUACUAAAGAUUUAUUCCGAUGGCGACAUCCGCGUGGCUGUUGCUGAUCAUGCUUGGACGUUUAACUCAGCUGUACUUGUGAAGGAGGAAUCUGCAGCUACGCCAUCUGGUUAUGACCCACAGUCCACCUCGCAGAGGGGACAGGUAGAGUUGCAAGGAAUCUUACAACCGUCGUCAUCCUCGUCAUCUUCUUCUGCCUCACAACAGAAUCAUCAUGACAAUUUGACAGCAGAGGAACGAAGGCAAUCUCAGCAGUUGCAGACGGAGAUAGACCAAUCGCUGAGAUCCUUGUUAGAUCACCUCCGUAUCAACAGUUCAACGGACAUUGGAUCCAUGAUCAUAAGCGAAGCAGGACAAGGGAAUGUUGAACAACUAAAGGACUUGUUCCGUGCUCAUCCAGAUAAGGUGGAUGUGGUGCGAUCAGACAAGACAGCACUACAGAUAGCCAGUCAUCAGGGACUCACAGCUGUUGUUGAACUUCUGAAUCAGUUUGGCGCAGAUAUUAACUUACAAGAUUCUGAAGGUGACACAGCUUUGCAUUAUGCAGCAUUUGGUAAUCAGCCCACAACAGCUGCCACUCUGUUAAAAGGAGGCGCAGAUGGAAACCGGCUCAACAAAAACAAAUGUUCCCCGUUGCAUGUUGCAGUAAACAAGGGCUUCACGGACGUUGUGAAAACGUUUCUUAGCUGUUCAUGUAACGUCAAUGCUCAAGACUCUUAUGGUGACACUGUUCUUCAUGACGCUAUUGCUAAAGACUUUGCAGACAUUGUCGAACUCCUCAUAAACUUUCGUGGUAUCGACUUGUCGAUCAAGAACAAACGAGGAUUCAAUUGUUUGCACCAUGCUGCCCUGAAAGGAAAUGCAAGAGCGGCGUCGCUAAUUGUUCAGAAGUCACCAGAACUAAUGAACUCCGCCAAAGAGGAUGGCUUUUCGGCGCUUCAUCUGGCCUCACUUAACGGACAUUACAAUGUUGUUGAAUGUCUAGUUCAGGCUCGCGCUCUUUCUGAAGUCGAUAUCCGCAAUGGUCGUCAACAGACCCCUCUCCUCCUAGCAGUCGAUAAAAGACACGUGACCAUAGCUAAACUGCUUUUGGAAAACGGAGCUAAUGUCAACGCGCAAGAUGAUGUCGGUGAUUCUCCACUUCAUGUAGUAGUCAUGUAUCAUUCCCUAAAGUUUGGGGGGAAUAAUGCUGCAAAGAAAGAGCUUCCUCCAAGCGAACCUACAUUUGCCAUAACCAAAUUACUAAUGGAGCACGAUGCAGACUUGACACUUGUAAACAAACACGGGAAAACUCCAGUACAGCUGUGCAGAGAUCCACGGCUCCGAGAGAUCCUGUUACCUAAUAGCGUAGCAGAGGACGAUGCGACGCCGAAGAAAUCUCAGACAUCAAAUGGCGCCUCUCCGCAUGCAUCGUCGAGCUCGACUUCUGGAGUUUCCAUGGAAACAGGCCGCAAAUGUCGUGUGUGUGAUUUACCUGCUAACGCAACCUUUUCCCCGUGUGGUCACUUGGUCGCUUGCAUGGAUUGUGCGCCAAUGCUAAAGAAGUGUUUUCUUUGUAAGGCUGUGGUUGAGUCGUUUGCCGAAGUACACCAGGGAGGGGACAGUGUGGAAUGCGUAGUGUGUUCAGAUGAGCCACCCUCUGUCAAGUUUGAACCGUGUGGGCACAUGAUAGUUUGUGAAGGAUGUGCCACACGCAUGAAGAAGUGCCUUAAAUGCAAGAGGGUUAUUGAAAAGAAAAUAUCCAGUGGGAAAAACGCACCUGCCAAACCAGCAGAAUUAAGCGAAAACGAUGAAAAAUACUUGGAAACACUCCAUUCUUUGCUGUCGCUUCAAGCUCAUGUACGAGAGAUUGAAGAUGCCAACAUGUGCGCCAUUUGUCUUGAAAAACCUCGCAACAUGGCGUUCCUGUGUGGCCACGGCACAUGCGUAGAGUGCGCUACGACACUAGAGGUGUGUCCCAUGUGCAGGAAACCCAUCACUAAGAAGAUAACUCUGUUUAACUGAUCAGAGUGCACAGGCAACCCAUCACGAUGAGAAUGACGCUGUUCAUAUGAACGAAAUGUUAUGGUGAAAUGAAUUUCUGAGAUCACAUGUUACAAACGGUAACUUGCGUUUGGGCAAAUCUUGCAUCUAGACAUUACCUAUGUUUUGUCUAAAGCUUAAAUUUGUUUGUCAAAAACGCUUUCUUUUGUUCAAGAUAACUUCGAAAGGUCCAUAUAUUUGUGCAGGAUUUCGAUUGCUUUGUCGGUUGAAUUCCUCUUGUUUGAAUAGAUAAAUAUUUUUCAGAGGAUUGCUUACGUAGAUUAAGACAACAUAAUUGACAUAAACUUCAAGGUGCGUUAGUUUUGGAAAGAAAAAAAAAAGACACUUAAAAGUACGAUAAAAAAUAGAGGAGUUGCAAAUACAGUUCAAAAGACUGUUCGGAAGAAUGUUCCGAAGGCUGUUCGGAAGACUCUUCCGAAGACUGUUCUUUUCGACCUGAAUAUAGUUCUUGCGAAUUCGUUGUUCAUAAUCUUUACCAAGAAAUAAUACAUGGGACUUUAGACACCUUGGUAGCGAAAAUAUUAAUGAAAGACGGUCUAGAAACUUUCCAAAAAACGUACGGGUUUGUUAGUAUAAUGCUUACAACUGAUUGUGGUUUAGAAACCGCGAAGGGCUUAUAAUUCCUUGUAAUUAACUGGAACUAAGAAAUAUUCUACAUCAAAGUUCUCAGAUGUUUUAGAUUUCGCUAAAAGAAUAUAUAAAUCCCAGCCCAGA